CAACGACCCUUUUAUAAUUUCUUACAUACACCGAAGUUGCAUUAAAAAAUAAACAUAUAUUGCUACUUUGCAAGUUUUUUUAUCAACCACGUUUAAGAAAUGUACCCGGUUAACCCGGAUGCAUAAUAUACUGGGCACGAGUAGAAAUGUACCCGUAUCACUCCAACAUUUCGUAUAACCGUAUGUAACCAUUGAACUCAUUUUUGCACACGUGGCGUUCUUCUGGUAGCCUCCGCACCAUCUGCUGAUGUCCAGUUCUUCAAUAGUGCCCUCAUCCUCCUUGUCUCCAGUCGCCCUCUUCAGCAUCAUACUAUCGCUUCCACAAAGGAUAUGGAUCUGAGUUUACUGAACAAUGAUAUCUCCUUCAAUGUACUGUCUCGAUUGCCUGCUAGUAUAUUGGUGCAACUAAAAUUGGUCUCAAAAGGGUGGCAGCACUUAAUUUCCAAUCCUGAUUUCAUGCGCUUGCAAAUGAAGAUAGCAAAACCAAUUUUGAUUUCAGGAUACUUGUUCCAGGAAAAGUAUCUGUACUGUGAAAUUGAUGUUGAAAAGGUUAGCUACAUUCCCAUUAGAGCGAAAGAAACUAGAAUUUAUCAGAAUGUCCUUGAGUUUUUACCUGAGAAGGUUACUGUUUUGGGAUCAAGCAAUGGUCUAAUUUGCUGUAGGAGUUGCCUCCCUUCACCUGACCCAUUGAUUUACAUCUGCAAUCCUGCCAGUAAGAAAUGGGUGCAUGUGAAGUGGGAUAGAAUCAACAUGAAGGAUUACAUUGCUUUCUCUUUUGAACCAUCUUCAACUUCCACAUUGAAUCCGAGAACAGAUUACAAACUAGUAAGGGUGUUUGAAGUGGAUGUACAUACUCCUGGGAAAGAAGAGUUCUACUUCACCUUUGAGAUAUACAAUUGGGAAAGAAGGGUGUGGGUAAAAUCAAAGGAAAUUUGUCACUGUGAAGAUUCCUUGUGCAUCAACCAAAAGGUUUCGGUUAAGGGUAUUUUAUACUGGCUGACAGAUGGUCGUACAGUUGUGAUGUUUGACAUUGCAAAUGAGCUCUCUUUGCUGAUUUCUCUCCCUAUUCCUUUCACUGAAGGUAUACGCACUGAGAUUUGUCUUGGAGAAUCUAACGGCAAGUUGUAUUGUGUAGUGAUAUCACAGGAAGGCAUUUUGAUUUGGUCCCUUGAGGAAUGUUUCAGCUCCAACUGGGAUCUCAGAUCCUUCAUAUCCUUCGAGGUAAUGGAACAAGAGAAUACACAGUAUUUAUGCAAUUUGGCGGAAAGAGUUUCAACAUCUGUUGGUGAAAAAGUCCCAUGGAUGGAACCAUUGGCUUUCAAGGAUGGUAAGUUAUUCUUAAGGGUCUCCAAUUCUGCCUACUCUUUUGACAUUCAGACAAGAAAGAUAUGUUUUCUGUGCGAAAUGUUAGAUCUUGGUCAUGAGUUUGCUGGUCCAACAGUGAUUCCGUAUUCUGUCACUAUGGCUAAUCCGUAGAUGGUUGAUCUUCCCCUUUUGUUUUGUUUUGGGUAUAUGCAUGAAAAUCUGACCAGGUGAUGGAUGUUACUGGGUUCUUCCUGUUAGAUAUCAGUUAUUUUUGUUACAGAACAUACUGUAUAUGUAUGGUUGCCAACAUCCUGGUGUAAAAUUGGUUGUCUUUGAGAAAAGUUACAGAACAUGUGUUUGAUUAACGUGUAAAUUUUGUUUAAUGAGAGACAACCUCUCAAAA